UCAUUAUCUGUAGGUUUUAAAUAUUAAAAUUUGUUCUUACUUACGUCAUCACUUUCGAAACUUUAAAGUUCUGUUUAAGUAGUUCGAAAAAGGAAAGCAUGUCUGAAAAUUCGGCGUCUGAAAUUACAAACGGUAAUGAAUGUCUUAGUUUGAUUCAAAAUUAUAAAGUUCGGCAAUUAGCAGAGAUUUUAUACAAUGAAUUUGAGUUCCUGAUGAAAAAGUACGACAAUUAUAAAGUAAGAGAACUUCCUACAAUUAUAACUAUUUUGGGAGAUUUGGAUAUUGAAUACGUCCGGAAUCGAGAAAAGGAAAUCGAGUUAGAGUUAAUUAAAGAAGAAAACAGACUGCUUCUUCGGCAGUUUGAACACGAAAAGAACAUGAGAAAACUUAUGGAACAAAAGCUUAUAGAAGUUGAAUGCAAUGCCGAAGAAAAUUUUAAAUGUUUAGAAGAUAAAAUCAAAGACCUCCAAUCUUUGACUUUUUUUCUAAAUCACAGAGCAAAAAAUCUUUCCGAACACUGUACACAGAUAGAAGAAGCAUUUUCGAGACUUCAAGAAAAAUAUCAUAAAUUAAUCGAAGAUUGUAGAGAAUUAUCCAUAUUGGUGGACAGUGAUCCGGGAACAUCCAAUUAUGCUUCUGUUCAAUCAAAUUCAGUUAAAAUGGAGAGCGGCUCUUUCAUUUCAAAGAUCCAGUAUUUAAAAGAUGAUAAUGAUUUAUUAAAAAACGUAUCGGGCAUUUCGGAUUUAAAAGAUUAUUAUGCAGAUGACUCUCCAUUUCAGGACAACGAAUUCAAAUAUUCAUCAAUUUCUAAAGAAAAUGGAAACUUUGAUGUUACAACACUAACCGAAUGUAAAAGUUCUGAAUCUGAGAAACCAAAAGAUAUAUUGUCUGUAAACAAAAAUUCCUCGAACGAAACAAAUGAAAAUUUACGAACUACAAAUGUUCUAGAAACAGACAAAGAAUCACAAGAAUAUGUUCAGGAAGUUAAAAAUUUGAGGAAAGAACAUUUGACAAAGAAUAAAACUAUUCUGCAACACCUUGAAACAAUAGAAGAAAAUGUUCAUAGUGGAAAUUUCAAUUCAAGAUCACAACGGGAAUCUUUAAUUCCAGAAUCCUUAUAUCAAGAAAUAAUACGCAGUGAACUAGGGAUUGAAGACGAUACGCCAGAUAUACCAUCGGAAGAAAUAUCCUUUUUCACUACAUCUGGUAACAAUGGUAAUUCAAAUCAAGAAAAGAAAACUUAUCUGUUAAAACAACAAUUAUUUGAAAAUAAAAAAUUACAGAAAAAGUUCGAAAUUUAUAAAAAUAAUAAUCAAAAUAAAUCUUGCCAUCAUCGGGAUUGUUUUACUAGAGCAGAAAUUUGUAAGGUGCUAACUGAAAGAAAUUAUUAUAAAGGAAAAAUGGAAGAGACAGUCCAAGUUUUACAAGCAAUCCAAUUUGAAAAUCGUAAAAAUAUGAACAUACCAAACAAAUAUAAAUAUUCAAUUAAAAUAUUCUUCUUGAAGUUCCUUCGCCUAUUCAAAAAGAAGUCUGUUCGAAACAAUUUGUGUUACAAUCAAAAUAUCUCCGGAAGAUUUAAUGAUAUUCUUGACGAUUUCAUUAGUUACGUACACAAUAAAAUUGAUAGUAAUACUUUGUUACCCCAACAAAGAAAAUGUUCUGAAGAUGAUCAACAUAACGCAUCACGGAAUGCUCAAUUCUACCGAGAAGAAAAAAAUAAAGGGGAGGGGGAAACUAUAAUAAAUGUAUAGAUUCUCCAUUAAGAUUCAAUUUUAUUCUUAUUUAAACCUUUCUAAAAAUUAACUUUUAAAUUUUAUUUCUUUCCUCUAACAUUUAAAAAUUACUGUAAACCAUUUAUAACUAAUGGACCUAUUGAGUUUUUACAUAAAUUUGAAAUAUUGGUCUAAACUUGUAUUUCUAUUUGUAAAAAUGAUAAAUAAAAUAUAU